GGAGUUCCUUCGAUCGGAGCCAUCGACUCGAGUCAGCUGGCUCUCCGGCGUCGCGCGCAGCGUCGCAAUCGAUGCCGUUUUGCGCGAGUCCUGCGCUCCGUUAGCCGCAUUAUACAGGGAGAGGGCAAAGACGAAGAGACGCAGCCAUGGCAGUUAGAGACGCACUGCUGCUACUGUCUCUGAUGGCCAUAGCGGCCCAGGCCGUGAAGCUCCCAGCCCUAGAGCGCAAGACUGAGAGGCAGGAGCGGCGGUUUAUGGAGCGGCACGGUCAUCUCAGGACCACAGUGCAGCCACCAGCCCCUGCGCCUGGCUCACAGUCUGGCAGUCUGGACAGAGCUCCGACAGCUAAACCGGGGAUACUGGUGAACGGAGACACCGAGAAGGAGACAGAGAAGGUGGCGGGUCAACAACAGGAACAACAACAGGAACCGAAACAGGACCCAGAGCAGGGACAGGAGCCGCAGCCAGAAACGGAGCCCGAGCGAGAGGAGACACCAGAUAAAACGCCUCAAGAAUCCAAGCCUGAGGCGCCAACUGAAGACCAGGGAGUGGAGGGAGAUGAGGUUCCCGCCGGAUCUUCCAACCGUCAGAUGGCGCCACAGACGCAGCAGGUCGACCAGCCGAGCGUCAUCGACUCAGAUCAGACAAACAAGAAUGCGGCAAAGGAAACCACAACCACACCAGAGGUGGUAACCUACCAGCCGGUACCAGACAACGCGUACGCCGUGUUCGACCACCACGGACGGAUCUGCAUCCUGGCCACCAUCAACGCAGACCUGGAGAUUGUCUACUACACAGAGUACGACGAACGAAAGAAACUCACUGUUCGUCUGCCUGAUGACGCCGAGGUAACGGGCGCGUGUGCCCGCGACAACGCCGAGCCGGUGAUCAGCCUGCGCUGGGACCACUUCGAGUUCAGCAUGUUCUUCAAAGAGAAUGACAUCGGCAACACGUGGUACGUCAGUGACAUGAAACUGGAGUACGACGCCGACCAGUUUCCCGAGGCAAAACCAAGAGUCGGCCGUCAGAUGCUCUGGAUGGACCGCCAGAUGCUCCACACGCUCCACCUUUUCGGCACGCCCGUGGACAAGGCGUACUUCUGUACCUCCAAACAGGACCUCGAUUUGUACAACGGUGACGGCGUCCGCUCUGCCAGCGUGAUCCUGUGGGACCUGCACCUGCAACCCUACGUGCGCAACGGACAGUUCGGGGCCUCGGUGAACUGCCCCGGCGUACCCGUCGGCCGGCGCCGUAUCAACGAGACCGUGCCGCUGGCCGUCGGCUCGACCCUCGCCACCGUCACCGUACUGACCAUCGCUGGCUAUGCCGUCUGGAGACACUUCAAGGUCAAGAAGUUCAACUACGACACCAUGGAGUGAGGCGUGGUCAUACUCUGUCAGUGAUAGGUUCAGUGAAGCGGCAGACAGUCCUUGUUUAGGAGUACGAGACUUGAGUUAUUAGAGGGUGAUUUUAUUCACGUGCUUCUCACGUGGGUAUCAAUAGUUCAGGCUAAGGUUAUUUUACAAAUAGUUCUGCCCUUCAUGAGGGCUUAGUUUCUUUGCACUGCCAUAACAUUUCGAUAAUGACUCUUGUAGCUCAGGAGCCGAGCCAGAUAUUGUGCAUGAUAAAUUGCAACUGAUUUUGUUGAUGACGAUUGCAAAGUCUAUCAAAGCACUGCGCCUGUAGAGCGAAUGUAAAUUCUUUUCACCACUUUAUUGCUACCGAGCAUAGGUUUGCAAUAGGUGCCCUAGGCCAGGCAUAUCACAGGGAAUGUCUUCAGUCAUGCGGUGGGGGAAUUUGCUGAAAAGGAAAGGUAGCGCAGGGGUUACUUCGAUGUUCAUAUGUUAGUUUAUGUUUGUUGUGACGUGGUACUUAGUCUCUCCUGCUGGUAUGUGUUGUUCUAUUGCUUACAGCUGACAACCUAACAAACUCUAAAAACAUAUUAGUGAUGAGUACAGUACUUCUAAAUGGCACAUUCUAAACGUUUGCCAUUAAAAGUCAUGUGAAUCACGCAAGGUUUGACUGAUAUUCACAUGCUUAAAGAGCACUGUUUGUACUUUUGGAACUCAAUCUUUGCUCACGCAAUCAUUAACGUUAGUGACAGAACGUACUUUGUAUCUUAUUUGAUCUUAGCUCAGCUACUGUAUAGUGUAUAUGCGCAAUUAAGUGGGUUAUAUUGCUCCUCUUCUAUCAUAUUGUUUGAUCUGCACCAUUCCGCAGUAUUGCUGCUGCUGCUGCUGUCACUAUUCCUUACAGCGCUGCACAUUGCACAUGUCUUCCACGAGCACUUUGUUGUUCGCAUGCGGUGGUGAGCUGAAUAGUAAAUGUUUGACAUUUGAAAACGUUGGCCGGGUUGUUAUUGUGGUUACUGAGAGGAGCGCCCGUGAGUGUCGUCUUUGUUGUUUUAAUCAUAAAAUGCGCUUGAGAAGUGUGAAACAGCCUGCGCAGUGCGCACAGAUCGUUGUUGAGGUGUUCAGUGUGUGCGCUUGAAAAUUAUGAUUUGGAUGCUUCAGAGGUGGGCUUUGCUUUAUUGUAAGCAUAACUGUACUUGUAGAUACCUACGCUUUCUGCAGUAGCAAAUGACGCUUACUUUUGAAUAUUCUGCAUGCUGUAUUACUUCGCUAAGUUGACUCAUUUGACUAAAAAAUCGCAAAAAAUCGCAAUCACACUCAUUUGACUUAUUGUUCCUAACCUAAUCGAUGUUUGCUGUUUGUUUUCGGAGUUGCACUAAUACACGGGAUAUAAAUAUC